CCAUGUCGUUUUGUGAUGUACUUUAACCUACCGUCUUCUCUAAGUCCCCAUUCUGGUAGCAGGGUGUUUGGUGCUUCGCCGGAACUCCUUCAGCUGAAUUGCCCCCACACGACUCUCAGUUCACCAUGUCUAGGAGGGUUGUGAGGACCAGUAAGUUCCGUCACGUCUUUGGCCAGGCUGUGAAAGCUGACCAAUGCUACGAUGACAUCCGAAUCUCCCAGAUGACCUGGGACAGCAACUUCUGCUCUGUUAACCCCAAGUUUGUGGCCAUGAUUGUGGAUGCCAGCGGUGGAGGAGCCUUCAUGGUGCUGCCCCUGAGCAAGACGGGGCGUAUCGACAUGUCCUACCCCACUGUGUGCGGCCACACAGGUCCGGUCCUGGACAUCGAAUUUUGUCCCCACAACGACAACAUCAUCGCCAGUGGCUCUGAGGACUGCAGUGUCAUGAUCUGGGAGAUCCCGGACAGCGGGCUGACCUCCCCUCUCACAGAUCCUGUUGUCAAGCUGGAAGGCCACUCCAAACGUGUUGGCAUCCUGAGCUGGCACCCCACCGCCCACAAUGUGCUGAUGAGUGCAGGCUGUGAUAACGUGGUGAUCCUGUGGAACGUGGCCUGUGGGGAGGCGGUGGUGAGGAUCGACACCGUACACACCGACCUCAUCUACAGCGCCUGCUGGAACAGGGACGGCUCCAAGAUUCUCACCUCCUGCAAGGACAAGACCAUGCGGAUACUGGACCCACGCAAGGGCACCGUCCUCAUCGAGAAGGAGAAGCCUCAUGAGGGCUCCAGGCCUGUCAGGGCGGUGUUCGUGUCCGACGGCAAGAUCCUCAGUACCGGCUUCAGUCGCAUGAGUGAGAGGCAGGUGGCGCUGUGGGAUCCGAACAACUUUAAAGAGCCGCUGACCCUGCAGGAACUGGACACCAGUAGCGGCGUCCUUCUGCCAUUUUUUGACCCAGACACUGGCAUCGUCUACCUCUGUGGCAAGGGGGACAGCAGUAUCCGUUACUUUGAGGUGACAGAUGAAGCUCCUUAUGUCCACUACCUCUCCAUGUACAGCAGCAAGGAGAGCCAGAAGGGAAUGGGGUACAUGCCCAAGAGAGGCCUGGAAGUCAACAAAUGUGAAAUCGCGAGGUUCUACAAACUCCAUGAGAGGAAAUGUGAGCCUAUAGUCAUGACGGUGCCACGUAAGUCUGACCUGUUCCAGGAGGAUCUGUACCCGGACACCAUCGGCCCCGAGCCCUCGGUGGAAGCUGAUGAGUGGUUUCAAGGAAAGGAAGCCCAGCCUAUCCUGAUAUCUCUAAAGGACGGGUUUGUAGCAACCACCAAAGCCAAGGAGUUCAAAGUUCACAAGAGUCUCCUGAAGACCACGACUGCUUCUGCUGGUAGUCAACAGGACAGCAGUGGGGAGGUUCAGUCCUUGAGGAAUGAGGUGAAGGACCUCAAAGCAGCGAUAGAGGAGCUGACCAAGCGUGUGAGAGAGCUGGAGAGCAAGCAUUAAACUAGAAGCAAGAAAAAGAAAUCACAAGCAGAAGAGAGAAGCAGAGGAGCAAAGAAAGACAAUGACAGGGAGAAAACAGUUUUAAUAUAUGCUUUUAGUUUGAAAAUAAAGUCUUCUGUGUUUCAACAAUACAUUUUGACUUUUUUUUAAAAAAAACAAACACUUGAAACACACAUUUUGAAUCAGACCAAAUUUUAAUCAUUUGUACUCAUCAUCAUACAAAAUGAGAAACAAAACAAAAAAGCAAUAAUAAAUGUAAAAAAAUUAAAUGCUAUGAAAUGACGUGUGGACGUUUAAGACCGUGUCAUUAGAGAAGUGCACACAGAUGCUCCCUGAGGCUGACUGAGGUGCCUUCAGUUAAAGACUAAUUUGACAGCUUUUUCUGACAGUGUAUAUUAAAAAAACAGACAAGACAUACAACAGAGGCAGAGUGGUUGAUCCAGACUGUGUACAGUAUGAACCACUAGUGCAUCUAAAAAGCUCUUUUACCUUUUAAUCUCGAGCUCAGAGUUUAGAUUAUCAGAUCAUGAAACAUGUUUCAUGAGAAUGAAACAGCUUUGUAGCUAGGAUAUUGUAUAUGUCAAAGCAGCAACCCAAAUAAAAGCUUUUUAAUUCGAAGAUCACAAA